AUGGUUUUAAGAGAGGACGGAAUACUAGUACAGCGUCUAGGAGUUUUACCAGGUGUGAGUGGAAGUGGAGAACUGCGGCCUGAGAGGCCAUACUUCGAUGACGUAUCCCCGCGCAAUGUGUCGGCUGUCGUUGGCCAGUCGGCGGUAUUGCGUUGCCGAGCUAAACACAUAGGCAAUAGGACCGUAUCGUGGAUGAGAAAGCGUGAUCUACACAUUCUUACAUCCCACAUCUUUACAUAUACCGGUGAUGCGAGAUUCAGCGUACUUCAUCCGGAGCCGUCCGAUGACUGGGACUUGAAGAUAGACUAUGUCCAGCCACGUGAUGCUGGAGUCUACGAAUGCCAGAUCAACACCGAACCGAAGAUUAACAUGGCUGUGGUUUUAUACGUUGAAGCUGCUGCGGCUACUAUCUGGGGAUCCCAGGACGUGUACGUUAAGAAAGGCAGCACAAUAUCUUUAACGUGCUCUGUUAAUGUGCAUUCUUCGCCACCGUCAAGCGCUUCUGUGCUGUGGUACCAUGGCAACUCAGUGGUAGAUUUCGAUUCUCCGCGUGGUGGGAUCAGCUUGGAGACUGAAAAAACAGAAGGGGGAACCACUAGCAAGCUGUUAGUUACUAAAGCGGCUCUUACUGAUUCUGGCAAUUACACAUGUGUACCUAACAACGCACACCCAGCUUCUGUAUCGGUUCAUGUCUUAAAUGGUGAACAUCCAGCCGCAAUGCAAACAAGCAACAGAGCUUCUUCCUACCUGACGUCGCAGCUGAGUUGCGCCGUCCUCACAUACUUACUAUCUUCAAUGGCUUGCAGAUGA